CGGAUGCAUUUUAUCCUUCUUCUGCACGAUGCUUCGGUGUAGCGUUUCGUAUAAAGGGCUGGCAGACCUCGUCUUCGAAUCGGAAUUUCAGCCGCCCCUUAUUCCCAGGUCCUUUGCGAAGAAUUUCGCGACCUUUUCUGGCCUUCGGAAUAUCAUCUGUAUCUCACCAUGUCGAAGAACACCGUCUUGAUAACAGGAGCAGCCGGUUGGCUGGGCGGCUUGCUCUCUGGAGCUCUCAUCGCUGACCCUCAGACACCCGACGUCAGUUUCAUCCUUGCCGACAUCGUGGAACCCAAGGGCCCUGCAGGAGCUAAAGCCGUUACCAUCAAGGCCGAUUUGACGAACCCUGAUGAAAUCGAGAACCUAUACCAGACAGAGUUGGGUAUUCCGGAUACAGUGUACUGUCUGCACGGCAUCAUGUCCCGUGGGUCGGAAGACAACUUUGACCUUGGUUUGAAGGUGAACAUCGACUCGAUACGACUGAUGCUCCAAGCGGCCCGUAAAUACGGGACCGACCGGUCCGCUCCUAUAAAAUUCAUCUUCACUUCGUCUCUUGCUGUCUACGGUGGGCCCCUGCCUGAUGUCGUGACGCCUGAUACCAUCGCAACACCGGAAGGUGCUUACGGAAUGGGCAAGCUAACUUCAGAACUUCUUGUCAACGAGUUUUCGAGACGAGGAUUUGUUGACGGCCGCAUCAUGCGUCUUCCUACCAUUGUCGUCCGACCCGGUGUUCCGUCCGCAGCGACCUCUGCCUUUAUUUCAGGGAUCAUCCGAGAGCCAUUGAAAGGGGUCGAAGCCAUAUGCCCUGUUGGCAACUCCUUCGAUUCUCCAGAGCUCGAACUCGCCGCCUGGCUUGCUAGCCCCGAGACUACCAUCAAGAACUUUGUCCAGGCAAAGCAUGUCCCUGCAGAAAAGUUCUUGAAACAUACCCGUGUGGUCUAUCUGCCUGGGUUCACAGCGACCGUGCGACAGGAACUAGAGGCUUUGGAGAAGGUUGCUGGCAAGGAUGCCUUGAAGCUCAUUACGUUUAAGGAUGACCCCAUUAACAGACGUAUUGUCUCCUCUUGGCCAGCCAAGUUUGAUAACACGUAUCCUCUGAGUCUCGGCUUCAUCGUCGACGAGGGCGGUAUGGAGCCUAUUGUGCGACAGUUUAAGAAGGACGUUGAGGCUGGUAUCGCAUAAUCACAUUAACGCCUGUAUAUAUAUGUGUAUAAGAAAAAAAAUGUAACUUCAUGAACUAAUACU